AUGGGUUUUGAAGAGAUUCUGCAGACCACCGGGGGAUUUGGACUUUUCCAGAAGCUUGUUCUCUUUGGAUUAACCCUUCCAAAUGUACUUCUGUACGCUUCUUUCUGUAGUUUUCUUUUCUUCCAGUCAGAUCCGGAGCGACAUUGUAACACGGACUGGAUCCUCAAGGCUGCUCCCAACCUGACGUUGGAGGAGCAGCUGAACCUGACCAUUCCUCUGGAGCAGAACGGUUCUUUCAGCAGGUGUCACAUGUUUGUUCCAGUGGACUGGGACAUCGGAACCAUCAAAGAGCGCGGACUCAAUGAGACCACGGUGUGCCAGAGUGGUUGGGUGUACAAUGACACCAUGUACGAGUCCACCAUUGUCACGGACUUUGAUCUCGUUUGUGACAGGUCUCACGUACCUACGGUUGUGAAGACCGUUUUCUUCGCUGGUGUACUCGUCGGUUCUAUAACCUUUGGACCUCUUAUGGAAUCAUCCGGUCGUCUGAGAACUACACUGGUAUCCUCCGUCCUUCUGCUCUUGUCCACCUUUGUGUGCGGUGCGACUCCAAACAUCUACGCCUACAUAGUGACGCAGUUUUUAGCCGGACUCUCCAUAGCCGGUCUCAGAACCAACGCCACUCUUUUAGCUACGGAGUGGAUCGAGGUCAACAAAAGGUCCUUUGCUUCCUGUUUGUGCCAACUGUUUGCUGCAGUGGGACAAUGUGCCAUGGCUCUACUGGUCUACGGCAUUCGUAACUGGAGAACUGCACAAUACGUGUUGGGAGCAGUGUAUUCCAUCGUCACUCUCUACUUGUGGUGGAUUCCUGAGUCGGCGAGGUGGUUGUUGACUCAGGGAAAACUUGAGGAAGCAAAGAUGUUGAUCAAGAAAGCUGCCUCCGUGAAUAAACGAGAGCUCCCAGAGAAUACUUUGGACUGCAUGUUAAAGGCACACGAGGAAAAGAAAGUCGUAAGUGGAGUGAUGAGAAUCAUCUUUACCACAAAUGUGCUGCUGAAAUAUUGGUUGAUAGUGUCUUUUAUCUGGUUUUCCGUCAAUAUAGGCUACUUUAGUCUUCUCCUCAAUGUGGGUGCGUAUGGCCUGAACAUCUUCCUGAAUCAAUUCCUGUUUGGGGUCUCGGAAUUACCCGCACACCUCCUCUGCAUCUGGAUUUUGGAAUUAUGGGGAAGGAAAUUGUCCCUGGUUUUAACCCUUUUCGCAAGCGGGGUCGUUUGCCUGCUAACACUGGCAUUCUCACAAGGCGAUGUGGUUGCGGUUUCCGUUUUGGUCACCACAGGGAAGUUCUUCUUCACCUGGGCUAGAUCAGUGUGUAUGGUGUACACUCACGAGCUGUUUCCCACCUCAGUCAGGCAAACGGCUGUCAGCAUGGUGUCUUUGGUCUCCAGAGUAGGCGGGCUGCUCGCUCCACCACUCAACUUGUUGGCCUUCUAUCACUGGUCCUUACCCAUCGUUGUCUUCAGCAGCCUUGCGUUGCUAAGUGGAGCUUUUGUCAUCUUCCUUCCUGAAACCAGAAGCCAAGAACUGCCCGAUUCUUCCAAGGAGGUCCAGGGCAACGGAAAUAUGAUCAGCACCAAAAGCGGAAGUGUCGCCAAGCAGACUGAACUCGACGGCAAAAAAUCCACCAAAUUUUAGUUUGCAUCGUCUGACUUUUGAUGUGUGUCUACAAGUUGUACAGUAACAGGAUGAGAUUGGUCUCAGUCUUGAGAAUCAUUCAACUUGUUUUUCCCUUUUUUUUCAGUACCUUCUUUUGCAGUAUAUUUGAUUCGUAUUUACUUUUGUAACCAGCCUGAUUAAUUAUCCUGUUGAAUUUUAUGUAGGUUACAUAAAAUUAUUGAAUACG